AUGGGUCGUGUUCGUACGAAAACAGUUAAAAAAGCAUCACGUCAAAUAAUUGAAAAAUAUUAUACAAAAUUAACACUUGAUUUUCAUACAAAUAAACGUGUUGUAGAAGAAAUAGCUAUUAUACCAACAAAACGUCUUCGUAAUCAAAUAGCUGGUUUUAUAACACAUUUAAUGAAACGUAUUCAAGCUGGACCUGUACGUGGUAUAUCAAUUAAACUUCAAGAAGAAGAACGUGAACGACGUGAUAAUUAUGUACCCGAAAUAUCAGCACUUGAACCACAACAAAUGAUUGCUAUUGAUCAAGAUACAAAGGAAAUGUUAAAUGCAUUUGAUUUUAAAUCAUUACCUAAUGUUGGCGUACAAGAAGCAAGUGAUCAACAAAAUCAACCAGGUGGAAAUCAACGUAGUGGUCAUGAUCGACAACAAGGUGGAUAUACUCGACGAGGUGGUUUACAAUAA